AUGAAUGGUACUGAUUCUAUCUCUCAAAAUGCUCUUUCGCAAGGUUCGGGUAUUUCCAUUCAAAACCAAUAUCAGAUGAAUAUGUAUGGCAAGCAUUACAAAUCAGGAGGAUUGGAUAAUACUGCAAAUCCAAACACCAUGAGAGCACCAGCAAACAUUAAGCAGGAAAGAAGGGAUUCCAAUUACCUAAAUGAUGAGGUAGAUAGUCGACGAUUGAAACAGGAGCAGGACCAGCUUCAAAUGCAAGUCAAAAAGCAACUUGAUAUGGCUAAAAACAAGAUUCAGAAUCAGCAUCGAACGGGCAAGCAGACACAGAGACACAUACCCAUGCUUUCGCGUGAGUUUGUUGUGCGGCGAAUAUCAGAAGGUGAGAGUGGAAGGCUGAAGGAGGAACUAAAAUGCGAGGCAUGUGGAAAAGGUUACAAACAUAUAACAUCAUUGGCGAAACAUCUGUGGGAACACACUCCGGAGUGGCAAAAGACCAAGAAUUUAUCCACUAGUAAGCAUCAGCACGUUCAGAUGCUCGAGGCUGCAAGCAUUCUAUGCAGCUUGACCGAAAGAAAGAGGUUGGAACACCAGAAGCAGGUCAUACAAGGAAAUGGUAGCACGCUUGUUCCAAGGGGAUCUGUGGGACAAAUGCAACCUCUCAAGCAGCAAGCACAAUCUUACCUUCUACCGCCGGCCCAACUUCGGCAGAACUACCCUGCGGCAACUGUGGUAAACAACGGAAUUUAUAGCCAGCCGAACAACUAUGACUAUAGAGGGCCAUAUGCUGAAUCAGUAAUGGUUCACGAGCCUCAGAAUUAUUUAGGUACCACGACAUCAGCUGAAUCUAGCGGCAGUAUCACUUCCGGUACACCGAGAAAAGCUUCGCUUUCACCCGAAUACGCAAGUAGCGAUUCGAAGCAGGAUGAACAGAGUGGGUCCAGUUUAUCGGAGGCACCCAAUAGCAAAGCAAACCGUUCACAAUGA